UCUCCCUCAGCUCUCUUCUCCAGUCGCCAUGUCUCUCGCCGGAAGCUCGUCGGGUGGCAAGAGAUUGAAGGUUUCCUCGUCGGUUGCACCGCUCCCAGUAGCUUUAGGACCCAGACGGCAUGCACCUCUCGGGUCACCGCUGCCGUUAGUUCCAUGUCCGUGCUGUCAAACGCGUCGCACGGUUCGGUGCAUUUCCAAAUCAGAAGCUAAUCCAGGACGUGUGUUCUACAAGUGCCCUAAUCAUGGCAAGGGGGUGAAUCCUUGCAAUCACUACUACUGGGAAGACGGGGAGGACAGCUAUGUUGAUUUCCUAAUCGCAAAUGGAUUCAUCGCUAGUGGUGGCACUGCAUCUGUUGAUUAUUCGGGUGGUGACUUUCGGAUUGAAGCAAUUGAGGAGGAAGUAGGCACUGGACUGAAGAUGAACCAGUUGGUUCCGAAAAUGGAACAAUGUCUGAAUAAGAUGGAUCAUUUGAUUGUGCUGCGUAGGGCUGUGAUUAGUGAUUUGGUGUUGUUGAUUGCAAUAAUGUUGUAUGUGGCUGUAGCUAAGUAGAUUAUGUAUCAGGAACUUGCAAUGAAUGUUACUGCUUUGGUGUUGUUGAUUGCAAGAAUGUGAUCUAUUUCGAUGUCGAUUAGGAACUUGCAAUGAAUAAGACAAUGAUUUUCAGGAA